AACAACAUCAGAUUUUAAUUUUUUAAUAUACAUAUAUAUACACGCAUCACGGCUAAUUCGGCCGCGGACAAAUCCGUCGAGACGGCUCCGUUGGAAGAGGUACUUAGGUCCACACAUCUAACCACCGUGGAAAUUUGAACGCCACUCUCACGCCGAGCUUUUCGCUUUGUCAAUCACCCUCACCCACUGCUGCAAAAGUAAACCUCACACGUGCCUCCAACGUGCUCUAAUUAAAGCACCGAACCGAACCGAUUUUUCAUAUCGGUUUUCAGAUUAAAAAGGAAACCAAAGGAUAACGGGCUGUCACCCUAAAAAGCUCACAACCGCUGUAUCAAUGAGCCCCGAGCCCACAACACAUCUUCAAAAUUGGUGCUCUAGGCGAUAGACGGCUGUGAUAUGAUUUGCAUGAUAAGCGUUGAGGAAGAGAUGGUAUAAGAUGGAAACUUGACUGGAAGAAGAAUACUUGCACAAAAGGAAAGCAGAGCAUUGCAAAAGGGAAAGCUAAUAGCUGAUGGGUCGCUUUACCAAUUCAAGCCCGACCAACCAAACACUCAUUUUUGUCGGUUAAGUUUCUCUGGAUUCAAACCUUUACAAAUCCUAAUCAUCGAUCCCUUUCUCUUUAAUUAUUUUCAUCAUUCGUUUUCGCUUUUCUCGAUUGCAACUCUGAUUUCUUCUUCGGAGCCUCGAAUUUUCAUUCUGGCAAUAUGGCAAGAGUGUAAGUAACCAAAAUGCAGCUAACAAGAUAGAAAUGGGUGUGCACCUUCGCAUGCCCAAAGGUGGAAACCAUAAUGUUUGCUGAUAGUGUGAGUGGGGAGGAGUCACUUCGUCAGGAUUUUGAGGCUCUGACUGUGUCAAAACGUCUUGUGAGGAGUGUUAGCCAGAAAUUGAGGAAAAAAAACCAUAGAGGUGAAGGGGAGGAAGAAGAUAAGGCAAGAGGGGUUUCUGUGAAAUGUCUUACUCUAUAUGGUAGAGGAGGUGGUUGCAAAGUGGGUGCUGAUACCAGUGAGGGAUUUGGUCAUCCGAGUAGCAGGAGAAGGUCAAGUGCCAGUGAAGAAGGGAAGGUGUACAAAACGAUUUGUGGUACCGAGGACAAUAAUUUUGAUUGCUUCUCAUAUGGGGUGAAGGAGAAGUUUUGGAAGAAAAACAGUAGAAAAGACUUAGAAAUUGAGGAAUCGAUACGAAACAGCAGGAUGCAUAUCUUUCUUCCAGAUGACAUUCUAGAGAUGUGCUUGGUGAGACUACCACUGGCUAGUCUUAUGAAUGCACGCCUUGUGUGCAAGAAAUGGAGACACUUGACUACAACCCCUCGGUUUUUGCAGAUGAGACAAGAAGGAUCAUAUCAGAACCCAUGGUUGUUUCUUUUUGGUGCUGUUAAGGAUGGCUUUUACUCUGGGGAGAUACAUGCACUGGAUGUGUCUCAAGAUCAAUGGCAUAGGAUUGGUGCUGAUAUUCUCAAAGGAAGGUUCAUGUUCUCAGUUGCUAGCAUCCAGGAUGAUGUUUAUAUUGUUGGAGGUCGUUCAAGCCUAAGCAACUUUGGGAGGGUGGAUAGGAGCUCAUUCAAGACACAUAAAGGUGUAUUGGUCUUUAGCCCUCUCACCAAAUCUUGUCGUAAAGUUUCAUCUAUGAGGUAUGCUAGAUCUAUGGCUAUACUAGGAAUAUCUGAGGUCAGUUCAGAUUUCUUGGUCAUUCAAAGCCAUCAGAAUCGACAUGAUAGGUGGUUUCCCAGAUCACGUGUUGGUGGGGUGUCAGAUGUUUAUGAGGAUCCACACAGGCUUUCACUUAGACUACAGUACAGAAAUGCUUUUGAUGAAAAUGAACCUUCAUUGUUACCUGAUAGAAAAUCAUUCAAGUUUAUUAGACAAAGAAGUGAACAAUCGAAUACAAAGGGUUUUAAAAGAUUUGUGUUGAUUGCUGUUGGAGGUCUUGGAUCUUGGGAUGAGCCACUGGAUUCUGGAGAAAUCUAUGAUUCUGUAUCCAAUAAAUGGACUGAAAUCCAAAAACUGCCUAUAGAUUUUGGGGUUGUUUGUGCUGGGGUUGUUUGUAAAGGGAUGUUUUAUGUAUGCUCUGAGAGUGACAAGUUAGCGGGUUAUGACAUAGAAAGAGGCUUCUGGAUUGGAAUCCAAGCCUCCACAUUUCCUCCCCGUGUUCAUGAGUAUUACCCAAAACUUGUGUCUUGUAAUGGUUGCUUGUUUAUGCUCUCCGUCUCUUGGUGUGAGGGGGAUGGGCAAAUUGGUCAAAGAAACAAGGCCGUGAGAAAAUUGUGGGAGCUAGAUCUGAUGUGUCUUACAUGGACUGAGGUCUCAGUACAUCCUGAUGCUCCAAUGGACUGGAACCCUGCUUUUGUUGCUGACAGGAACUUAAUAUUUGGGGUUGAAAUGUUCAAAAUAUUUGGUCAGGUGUUGGAUUUCUGUACUGUGUUUGAUGUGUCUGAUAAGAGGAUGAAUUGGAACCAUAUUUCUAGGAAUCACAUGGCUCACGAAUUAGAUGCUUCUUCUUGCAUGAGUAAGACAAUAGCGGUGCUACAUCUAUAAUUUCUUUGUAGUACACUGUAAUUCAAUCAGAAAAUUUUAAAACAUUAUUGCUCGUUGAAGGAUUUUGAGCGUAUAUUUCAACCCAUGAAUGUCAUAUUUAUUUCUCUUGAAUUUCCACAAUUUGUAGAAUGGCGACAUCCUCUGCUUUCUAGUUCUUAAUCAGUCUUAGUAAAGGUACUGUUACAUGUAGUCUUCGUUGUAAUUUCUUCACCAUUGUUCAUAAAUUGAUUAUGCAUUUUUCAUCAUGUUUCUUUUGCAUGUAUAAUAAAUUUUCCUCCUUGUUCAUUCACUCAUGUUAUUGUUUAUUGUUUACUUUGAUCUAGUUGUGACAAUUAUUUGUUGAAAAGUAGAAAGGAAUCUGAAAGCUCAAUGGUUCUUGAAUUUGGAAAUUUAAGGAUUGAUGGCAAUGCUAACUAUCACAUGCUAUCCUGUUGGGAGUCCAUUAAAUGAACUUACCUGCGUCUAAUUUCUGAUACAAGUGAUACGAAUAUCUAAAAACUUAAUUUGGAAACAUUCUGUCUACUUGUGAGAAAAGAUAAAGAAAAGAAACCAUCCCGUUGCCUAGGUACCGUAAUCCUUUUGAAUAAAAAUACACAUAGGUAAGUUUUUAGUAUAUAAUUCUAGCCUUGGACUGAUCUGACUGAAUAUAUGAUGAACACAUCAUCUACAUACGGGAAUCCACUGCUAUAGUUAAACCUAGAGACGGAAUCUUUGCUAUGAUGGAUAUCCGCCUUCAAGCUUCUGCAACUCUUUUUCAGUCAAAACUUUUCUCCCCCAUCUGUGUUCAAAGUUAUGCGCGCUAUCAGUGAAAAUAAAUAACAAUAAUAAAAAAAAAGGUUCCUACUUGCUGUAAUCCAUUACUAGUUACUAAUCAACAUCAACCACCGAAUUUUGUUUGAAGCAAAGGACUUCAUAUUAUAAAAGGCCACAAACGGCGUAACCAGAAACUCAGGAGGCAUUUAAAAAAAAAAAAAUCACUAAAGGCCCAUACCACUCAA